CAUCUGUUUUUCUAGAACAAACUGUUGAUACCCCCAACUGUUUGAUAUAUUGUAUGUUCAAAAAUGUGAGAAAAAUGUCCGAUUCUACGCUCAAGCCACCGACUGGGACACCAUUGAAGCCACCAGCUGUGGUGGCACUAGCAGCACAUUCAUCCAAUCUUCAACUGCCGUCAACUGCGGGACUUAAACCCAAUUCUGGAUCGGCUACUGGUAAUCCCCGUAACAAAUGUGCUCUCAAACCGGGAUAUUCUUUGAUGAGCUGGAUAAAACUGUGUAAUUCUGGAGCUGAUUUAUCUGGAACUCAGGGACGAGUAGUACCUGUGACCAGAAAUGAGUUGGCUCUACAUAAUAAAGUCAACGACGCUUGGAUGGCAAUAAGGGGAAAGGUUUUCAAUGUGACACGCUAUAUCGACUUUCACCCUGGCGGUGUCGAUGAAAUAAUGAGAGGAGCUGGACGUGAUGCUACAAAACUGUUUGAUGAAGUUCAUGCUUGGGUCAAUUAUCCCCAAUUGUUGGGCAAAUGCUAUGUAGGACCAUUAAAAGAGAAUGCAUCGGUUUCAGCUUAUUCUACUCCAACAAUUGUGGACUUUGCAAAACCCCCUUCAAAACCAACGGAAGAGCUUGUGCCGCGUUUUGAUUGGAUACAACAGAGAAGCGAGAUCACCCUGUACCUUUAUACACGAAGAAAUGUUAAUCCAGGACUGUGCUUAAGGAGAAUCAAUGGACAGCAGUUGACUGCAAGUGUUUUGUUAGGUACCAAAUGGCAUGUCUUUGAUUUUCAACUGUCGGCCAGUGUGGUAUGGCCUCCAAAAUUUGCCCAAAUUGGAUCUGAGUCUGGGAAAAUUGAGCUUAUAUUGACUAAAGAGGAAGCCGCUCCUUGGCCAAAUUAUGGCACACAUGUGCUAAGACAGGAAGAUCCUCCAAGCGAUGAAUUCCAUGACUAUGAUGUUGUAUCUUGCUCGGAUUUUAAUCAUGACUCCUUCGAGCUAUGCCUCAAAAGUGUUGAGCAGAAGAUUCUAAUGCAAUUGCCUGUAGGUUACCAUCUGGAUAUUGAAGCUUCUGUCAAUGGAGAAGACAUUCAGCGUAGUUAUACUCCAAUAUCCAAUACUUAUCUUAGUUCGAGUUCCGCGUAUGAGUUUUCCUUAAACUUUCUUAUCAAACGCUACGACGGAGGCAAUCUCUCUAGUCAUCUACAUAAACUCCAACCUGGUGCUAGUCUACGUCUUAGUUUGCCUCGUGGCAAUUUCCAGCUCUCAAAAUUAGCCGCACAUCGAAAUAUUCUGCUACUAUCAGCUGGAAGUGGUCUGACACCCAAUUUAAGUCUACUGCAGCCUCUUUUGAAACGGAAUACAAAUAGAAUAGAACGUCUUCACCUUCUCUAUUUCAACAAGACCGAGUCUGACAUAUGGUUAAAGGAAAAACUGGCAGAUCUUCAUGUUAAAGACGAGCGUUUCAGUUGCCAUCAUAUAUUAUCACAGGCGGUAGAACAAUCCCAACGUAUUUCGGUGGAAUUGUUGUCUCCUUUUUUCAAGAAUGAGGCAAAUAUAGAUAAAUUUACUUAUAUGACUAUUUGUGGACCAACUGGCUUUAAUUCAGCAGCCAUUGAGAUUUUAGCUGACAUCGGCGUUGAGGCAAAUAACAUCCAUGUAUUCCAAGGCUAAAGAAAAUAAAUGUUUUAUAAAUAUGUAUAAAAA